AUGGUGACAACUCGGGCCAAGGAUAGAGCCCAGGUUCAAGAGACUGGGGCCGCCGACGAGAAGACAACGGGUACCAAGAGACCCCGCGACGAGGCUCUCAAGGCGAAAUCCACUGAGCCAGAAACGAAACAACGAAAGAAGGACCAAGUCGCAAAGGCAGAGGGCUCUAACACCAAGGACGCACGCGAUGACAGCUCAACAGGUCACAAAAAGUCAACACCGAGAUCAAAGGGGAAGCCCAAGAAGAACAGCAGCCCGCAUAGUCAGAAGAUCGAGAGACUUCUCCAGCAUUUCAACGCCCUUCCUCUCUCCGACACCAACCUUGAACAGCCAGCCAAGGCAACUCCUGACACCAUUUUGGCACUGCUCUUGAAUGCCAUAUUGUCUUCAACUCGAGUGUCACAUAGCAUUGCGGCAAAAACGACCGCCCUCGUCAUCAAGGCGGGUUAUCACAAGCUUGACGUCCUAAAGAAGAGCAGCUGGGAGGCGAGGACCGAGGUGCUCACGGAAGGCGGAUACACGCACUAUCGGGAAAAGACGGCAACGUUUAUGGGACAGCUGGCGGAGCUGGUUGAGGAGAAGUACGAAGGCGAUCUGAACAAUGUCGUGAAAACCGCAUCCCAGGAUCGGAGCAAGAUCCGAGCGGAGCUUCAGAAGAUCAAGGGGAUCGGAGACGUCGGCAUCGACAUCUUCUUCACCACUGCGCAACACGUGUGGCCAUGCCUCGCACCCUGGAUUGACCCAAGGUCUCUAAAGACAGCCGAACACAUUGGACUCGGCACCGACGUGCAGGCGUUGUGGGAGGAGGUGGGCCUGAGCCCAGAAAUGAUGUGUCGGCUGGCAUGCGCUUUGAUGGAUGUGAGGCUAGAGAAGAAGGAGUCGGAAUGGGUGUGA